AUCAUUAGUUCAUAACCAAGUUCAUCUUAAUUUACUUAUUAUUUUCAACACACUUAGUUCUUCUUUGGUUUUAGUAUAAUUAACAUAAUAAAAUGUCGUCUAUUGGAGCAAACUACGCACAACUACAAGUUAUGCAGAAGAAGCAGAAGGACAAGAUGAUGAAGAAGAGACUCCAGAAGGAGAAAGAUGGCGGCAGCAUAGACGGUGGAGAGGGAGACAGAGUUUCUUCCGCUGCCACUGGAAAGAGUGGUAAUAGAAUAUUUCCGGUCAAGUCUUCUCAAUCGACGACUUACGAGGAAGAAGUAGAAAGACACCAGUAAUUGUGAGAUUUGUCUUCUGUUUAGCAAGACUUGUGUCUCAUCAUCUUUUCUUUUAUGUCUUUGUGUGUGUGGUGUGAAGUGUGAUAUAAGUGGUCGCCUUUGUGUCUAGGUUUUUAAGUUACGUAUUUUGUGCAGGUUUGCUUUGUUGGGUGUUGAUGUUGGUAAGUUGCAUUAAAAAUUAUCUGUUGAAUGUUGAUGUUGGUAAAUUGUAUUUUUUUUCGUAUAUGUAUGUUCAACCAACUUGUAGAAUAGUUAUCUGUCGACAAUUUCUUUUUUUU